GACUGGCAUGCGAGUACCAGGAGAAACAAGUUGAGGACCGGCCUUCUUCAUUGAAUAAUGGUACUACAGCUGCACCACCACCGCGCGAACAAGAAGGCGACAGGCAACCUCCAAAUGUUGUGCCGGCGAAUAUCAAAACCCGCACGACCUCGGGGGAUUUCAGUACACCUUCCGCAAUUAAUAUACAAUGCGAGGAAGCUACUUCUACUCCUGCGUUGGUGCCGACCAAAAAUUCAUCGGCUACAACUUCUGCUUCACUUUUUGGCAACGGCGACCAAACCUCCAGCACCAAACUUUUGACCCCGGUGAAAAAGAUCUUAUGCAAGGAUUGCUACAGUGUCGUGGGCAUGGCUUGCAGGAUCACAAGAACUACUAGUACCGAAGAUGGACAGAACAACGAGGCCUCCUACUGGAACUUUUUCACCUCCGGUGGCAUGGUCCUCGACUCUCGGCCGGAGGGCCGGUUUCUGUACCAGGACAUGCGGGUCAGGUUCGACAUCACCGACUACGGGUUCCAGGAGCAACGGGCCUGCUGGGCGCACAUCGAGCGCGCGAAUUUGCCGAGCUGGAAGAUGUUUCAGAUCCAGGACGACAUCAAUGACCGGAUGCUGGAGAAGCAACUGUGGGAAUCCCGGCAGGAGGAGAAAAAAAGACUCGAGAAAUUCGGACUCGUGCAGCACAAAUUCUACGCCGCGGACCACUUGGCGCUGACCAGUUCUGACUCGGAAGAAAAUUUGAAAAAUUUGAGCGAGAUCGUGCAGUCGUUUGGGCAGCGGGGUGGAGGUGGGGCUCCGACCACACAGAUGAACAACAGGACGCCAACAUCAAGUUCGAGACAUCAUCAAUUUGUGCAACAACCACCUACCGGGGCCGGCGGCAGAAGAGGAUUAAACAACAACUUGGCCAUAUGGAAGCGUCAGGAUUGAAAUCGUCAAAGUUGGAAUGAUUUGUAAUGCAUAAAUUCGAUACCAGCUGGAAGCCCAAUUUCCCAGCGGCGCAUGAGAAAUUUCGGCACCGUCUAAAACCAGUCUGUCAUGCUGUUUAGGGACAGAAGGCGCCUUUUGUUAUGCUACUUUAGCAGCUCUAUUCCAAACCCGAAACAGGCUCACAAUCGGCCUCAUUUGCAAUCCCUGCAAGAGAGGCACUCCAUGCCUUGCAAUUUCUGCAUGAGAAAAUAUUUCAACUUUGAGGAUUUCGAUUCUGACGCUUCCAUAGGCCAGCACGUCCAAAGACAACAACGAUAUCUGCCCCACCAUCGAGUCCUUCACGGGGAGCUGCUUGUGUGGCAAGUGUCAGUUCGAGGCGUACGUGUUUCCCAGCGAAAUUCAGCACUGCUACUGCUCGAUGUGCCGCAGAAUGUCGGGGUGCGCGUUUCAGACCUGGGCGCCGGUGCAGUACAGCAUGUUCAAGUGGAAGCACGUGCGCAAAGAAGACCACGUCUCGAACGGGUCCGUGAUUCAGGGCAAGAGCCACCCGUUAAUUCUGAAAAGAACCACGGACCACGGGAAGCGGCACGUGUGUACCGAGUGCGGGACGCACCUGUCAAUCGUGUACGAGAUGGCGGCCAUGCAACAGGGCCACACGAUGUGGCUGGCCCUCGGGACCUUCGACUUUGCGCACGAAGAGACGUUCGUGAAAAAGUUCCGGCAGUACCGGAAAAACGGGUUUCAGAGUCGUGGGAAUAUGUUGAACGGCGGCGGUCCGUCUCUCUCUUCUUCGCUCGUCUAUCAAGAUAACAAGUGUAUGAUCGGUGCUGGUGUGGCAGAUCCCGACCUCCACGCAAGGACGUCGAAAAGAAACAAAAGGCGGAAAAGCAGUGAACCGGUAGCUUCUUCAGGGUCGUUGCUGGUGGGAGGCAGCACCAGCUUGCAUCGUGAAGAACAACACGACGACAAACUACAAACAAGCAAAGAGAUCAUGGAUGCAGCUCCACUAUCAUCGAGGAACAAGAAGCCAGUCGUGGAAAGACUACUCCCAUUCAGUCAAGAAGAUGAGCCAAUAAAGAACCAAAGCAGGAGGAACAGCCCGUCACCUCUAGCUCUACGUGGUGGGACCAAGACCGCGAAUGAGAAGAGUGAAAACGCAAGUGAAGUAGAAAAAGAGCUUCGUGCUGGUGGUAAUAAAAACGAUGAUCUACUUCCCUCACCAAAAAAGCGGAAGAUCGAACCGCAAUCGAAGGAGGAUGUGCUGGACAAGUAUCGCACAGAAAAAAGCUGGCAAGGCAUAUUUGUGAUGCAAAUUAAAAUACACAGAAAAAUCUAUCAUGGGCAGCCCCAUACCCAUAGCAAGCUGUUUAGGAUAUCACGCAACCCAAAUUUUUUUCUGUAUUUAUUUUUGCAUUACAAAUAUGACCUGCCUGCUCUCUUCUGUGGGAUAACAAGCUCGAGUUGCUGAAAAAGCAAACCGAGAGCGUGAUGGGCAACAUGGACUUGCAGGCUAGUGAGUCCGGUUGGGUCCUCAAAGCCGACGUCACUGGGCUGGAGGGGGACAUCAAGCAGGAACAAGUCGUGAACGAAACAGUCGUGAACGAGACGAAUAAAGACGUGGCAGAUUUUUCUCAGGUGGAGGUGUUUGCAGCCGCGAAUCGUGGUGCUGGCGUUGGGGCUACAGAUCUUGGACGGCGUGCUGGUGCACAGCAUUUAUUUCCGGCAGAACCACCACCAGCACCGGACGAGCAGAAAAAGUCUUCCAUGAAUCUUCAAAAUGCAAAUAGAAACAAGAACAGCUUCCUCCUCCCGCCCGAAGACGACAAUGAAGUGAUCUUGUUGUCAUCCUCCGAAGAUAGUAGCGGAGACAGUCCGCGCUGGCCAGGGGGAAAGACGCUGAAAAAAAUAACGGCGUCAAGUGAGAUCAGCAGUAAAAUAAAAAUGAAUGACGUCGGAGCAGGCAGAUUCAAAAAACCCUCCUCGUCCAGCAGUUCGUCUUCGGAUGCUGUUGAUUUCGACACAGACCACCUCUAUCCGCGGAAAACGACCUUGCAGACGGGACACACGGUGGAGAUGGCGGAGGAUUGGGUGGAAGAUAAUUUGUGCGCCAUCAGUCACAUUUGCGUGCGGGACAGACCCUUUUACGUGGAGAUUCCGCGAGAUGGGUUCGCGCAGAAGGCAGGACCGGGAUAAAAUUAUACCUCUAAAAAUUAUAUAUGGUGAACGCUGGGUCCUCGUUAUCGUUAUCUGACGUCGUUGUGCGAUCAUCGAUUCCGCAAGCAAAGAUUAUGUGAGCUUGAUGCGGCUGAUUGUCUUUCUGCGGACGAUCAUGCCCUUUUGAAGCUUCAUGAAGAAUGCGGACGCUUCUUGUUAGCAAACCUCGGUUCAUUUUUUCCUUGAAAUUAGAUCGAGCUAAGUAGACGCGAAGCAGGACGAAGCUUAUAUCAACAUUUUGAUCCGAUAUUGAUAUUGAUAUGGCAGAAAAUAUAUCAUGCUGGGGAGCGAAGAUAUCUGAUCUCUUCUGGAAAUGCGACAAGAAUCGUCCAAUUUUCAAGGCGACAUUUUGGUAUUGAGAGUACAUUCAUCUCAUAAUUGUUAAUUCCACAAGGGAAUUUCGGUUCGUGACGUGUGGUUGCUUGUGCUCGUAUGAAAGCUAAGGAGAUAGUUAACUCGUCUACCUAGGGUCGUACUCGUUACCUGGGUCUAGCUAAUACAAUGCCUAUUCAUCCGGAUGAGACUACAUGAACUAACGCUGCCUGUGUUUGGCUCAAGCCUUGUGCUUGUUGCCUUUUCUGCUAGUAUGAUCAACCUUUUUUCCUGAGACUGCGUAGCAGUCUGUCGCUGGUGAUCUUCCUGGUGUUCUCAUGCGUUGCACGAUCCACAGUCACAGAACCCUGUCGGUUUUCUGUUUCAU